AUGCCAGGGGUUACUGAUAACCGAAAAUCUGUCCUGAUCACAGGAUGUUCUCCCGGUGGUAUUGGAAAUGCCCUUGCGCGGGAGUUCCAUCGGAAUGGAUUGCGCGUGCUAGCUACAGCCCGUAAAGCGGAGACCAUCUCCGACCUGGCUGGCCUUGGCAUCGAGACCCUGAGUCUGGUCGUGGAUGACCUCGAGAGUAUCAAGGCGUGCUAUGCAGAUGUUGAGAAGCGAUUAGGAGAUAAUGGUCUAGAUUACCUAGUUAACAAUGCAGGCCGCAACCAUACAGUUCCUGCCAUGGAAGUUGAUCUGGCUGAAGCACGCAAGACAUUUGAUACCAACUUCUUUGCCGUCAUUGCCAUGUGCCAGACUUUUGUACCACUUUUGAUCAAAGCUAAGGGAACUAUUGUUCAACUUGGAUCAAUCGCUGCAGUGAUACCCUACGUGUUCGGGUCGGUCUACAACGCUUCUAAAGCCGCUCUGCACUCCUUCAGUGAUGUUCUUCGAGUCGAACUCGCUCCCUAUGGGGUCCAUGUCACUACCAUUGUGACUGGAGGUGUACAAUCACGUAUUGCGCGAACCGAACGUCAAUUGCAGCCGAAUUCCCUAUACGCGGAUAUCGAAAAGGAAUAUACCCAGCGCGUCGUGCAUAGCCAGCAUAAUGCCAUGAGCCAUGAUGUGUAUGCAAAGAGUGUCGUUGCUCAGAUAUUGUAUGGAUCAGCCCCUUGGCGCUGGCUAUGGCCAUGGGCCCAAGGACGGAAGCUUUGGAUCUGGGAGGGUCAUCGCAGUUGGGUCGUCUGGUUCCUCGCGGGAGGUUGGGCGUGGAAUGGAAUGUUUGGAUGGGUCCUAGGAAAGAUGUUUAACCUAGGGAAGAUCAAGCCAAAGAAGUAA